AUGGUAUCACAUUCGUUGUUUAUUGGCAUCUCUGCUUUCAUCAGAGUAUUCAUUUUGUUACUUGUAUUCAUCUCGGUGGUAUUAAUUUUUACCGCACCAGGUGUUUGCUAUACACGAUAUAUGAAUGAUAUUCGAGCUACUGAUGAAAUUUGCCCGAGUGAAAAUUUCCUACCAAUGGGUAUCAACCGAUGGGGUAAUGGUGUACAUUUUCAACAUCGUGGACAAAAUGUUUGGGGUCAAUUAGCAAUUGUCAUAAUUGCAGUAUUAUUUGCUUUACCACCGCUUGGAUUAAGUUGCUUCCAAAUUGCUACCGGUAUUUCUCUAUUUUACAUGCAAGUAUGUUUUUCGAUGAUAUCAAUAUUGAUAUUUCUGGCUCUUGGAGGUGUUGAGACAUGGUAUGCAACCGGUUACAGUCAUAUGGGAAUAUUAAUUAGACAAAUUGGUGGUGGCCAAUUCAGUGGUUGUAUGAAUGUACCAAAUUGUGAUAUAUUAUUCGUAGUUAAGGGAUGGGCAGCUGCUGCGGCUUUCUUAUUCUUAUGUGCUAUUCUUUUCCUUGUGGAUAUUGGAAUGCAAUUUCUUCUUAGAGACAAAUAUUCACAAACAUAUACGACACCAAUGUCAUCUCGUGCAUCAUACGGUCCACCGCAAUCAAAUCCUAUUGAUAGUUAUCGCACAAGAAUACAUGUCGGAAAUUGA